AUGAGACACAUACAGAGAGACCAAGACAGAGAGACACAAAGAGAGACAAAGACACAGAGACACAAACAGAGAGACACAGACAGAGGGACACAAACAGAGGGACAGACAGAGAGACACAGACAGGGAGAGACAAACAGAGCGACACAGACAGAGGGACAAACAGAGAGACACAGACAGAGAGACACAAACAGAGAGACACAAACAGAAGGACAAACAGAGAGACACAAAAAGAGAGACACAAACAGAGAGACACAGAGACAACAACGAAAAACACUAAGAAUGAUAAACAGGCAACAGAGAGAUAGACAGAGUGUCACAGACAGAGAUACACAAAUUAAAGCUCAGAUAGGGAGGACAGAGAGACACAAACAAGGAUACAGAGAGAGAGACACAGAAAGAGAGACACAAACAGAAAGACUGACAGAGAUACAGUCAAAGAGUCACAGAAACAGAGAGAGAGACAGACAGAGAAGCAGACAGAAAGACACAAAUAAAAACACAGAUAAAGAAUAUAAACAGAGAAACAGAGAUAGACCGUUACAGAAAGACAAACAGAGAAACUCAGAUAGGGAGUUACAGAUUGAGAGACACAGACAGGGAGAUACAGAUAGAGACACAAACACAGAAACAAACAUAGAGAAAGACAGACAGAGAUACACAAACAAAGAGACGCAGACAGAUCAACACAAACAAAGAGGCACAUACAGAGAAACACAUAUAGAGAGACAAACAGAGAGACACAGACAGAAAGACAGAGUGAAAAACAGAGAGACAGGCAGAGAGAAAAACAGAGAGACAGACAGAGAGAAAGAGAGACAGACAGAGAGAAAAACAGAGACACAGACAGAGAGAAAAACAGAGCGACAGACAGAGUGA